AUGAGUACAUUUGGAGGUAAAAUAAAGGAAAUACCUGGAAUCAGUGUGGAUAGAUUUGAUGAAGAAAAUUUAGACUCCGAUGCUUAUUUUUUAUCUCAUUGUCAUGCGGACCAUAUGGUUGGUUUGAACAAUGCAAAAUUCCAAGAAACAUUGAGAAAAAGAGGUUGCUACAUUUAUGUUUCUCAUGUAUCUAAAGCCAUCUUGCAACAGUUACAUCCAGAAAUACGUGAUCGUAUUAGAGAACUUGAUUUUCAUACUACCACACCAAUUUACUUGGAAAAUGUGUGUAUAUCAGUGAUUCCUAUUCCUUCAGGACAUUGUCCAGGCUCUGUUAUGUUUUUAUUUGAAGGAAAUAAAACUGUGUUAUAUACUGGUGAUUUUAGAAUGAAAAUCGAUGAUAUCAGAAAAAUCAGGGCGUUUUAUGACUCCACUGGAGAAAUUAAAGGCAUUCAUUCGUUAUAUUUAGAUACAACAUUUUUUUUUAGAGACUAUAACCAAUUUCCAUCAAGGGAAGAGAGUUUAUGUCAAAUCAUCACUUUAAUCGAAGAAUGGAUAGCAUUAGGUGAAAAGCACAUAAUUCAUCUGAGUACCAAAGCUAGAUAUGGAUAUGAAUUUGUGUUUUGUGAAAUUUUCAAGAAAAUAAGAAUACCAGUGCAUAUAAAUAAAAGAGAAUUUGAUUUCUAUAGUUUGGUACCAUCACUAGAUGGAGCUGUUACUCUUGACGCUUCAAAUACCAAAAUACAUUGUAAUUGUGGUGAUACCUUUCAAAGUAUAUGCAAGAAUGAGAAAAUGUAUAAUCUUAGAACUAUUAAAUUAUCUGCUAUGAGAUGGACAACCGAGAAUUUAAAGGAAGAUAAAAUAAUAAAUAACUCCGAGACAUAUUUUGUAUGCUAUUCCACUCAUGCAUCUUACACAGAAGUAGUAGACUUAAUAAAAUUUUUAAAACCACUAUGGAUUCAUCCUUGUGUACUUAGAUUCAAUAGAAAUGAUGAGGAGAUUUAUAGUACAAUAAAUGAUUUGUUGGAGACCAAAAAUGAACCCAUUGCAAAAAAACCAAAGUUAUUUGAUUUGAAAAAAGUAAACAAUUUCAAAGAGGAAAGUUCCGAGGAAAAGAAUGAAAAGUAUGAUAGCUUAUUUGACGAAGCCUUGGAUUCACCACCAGAAACACAUGGAAAUGAGUGAUAGUUUGAAUAAUAACAGGCACUGUAUAUUUGAAUGUUAUUCAAAAAUAAAAUUUGAUGAAAAUUU